AUGGUAACUUCUUGUUUGAAAGCAAAUGCGACGCCUGAAGCAGCUGAAAAAUCGUUUCUCUACACACCCUGCCACUGUCCGAUCGGGGAGAAGCUUCGGCAGCAGCAGCAACACCAACAUAUCCGCUGUGAAAAGCCCCGCAUGCCCACCGUACAUAGGGCUUCCCGUAGAAUUCGAUACCUAGCGAAGCCUCGGAACGCUCGCGGUAGGUACGAACCCAGGGUCAUCGCACGGCUCCCGAAACAAACGGAAGUGUGCCAUUCGUACAAGGAACCGUACGCCUCGAAGCGCAUACAGCAGCUCGCAUUGCCCCACGUUCGCAAACUGGUUGCGGCCCAACAGGAGUACCGCCGGUUCAUCGCACGUCGCCAACAAGACCAGCUCGAGAAGCGCAUCAAGAAGAGUAUUUUUACCGUCUACAGCCGUCUGGCCAACGUACAGCUGCCGGCAGUGGACAAGCUGAAGGGUAUGUCACCCGAGGAAUGGCAAAAGCACCAGGAUUGGCUCGCACGAAACGCUCAAUCCAAGCAGGCUCCAUCACCCGUACAACAAAGACGCGACCGGAAACCGCUAGCGGAGUUAAUCAACCGCAUUGAGAGCCUCUCGGAACCACGGAAUGCCCGGAAGAAGUACACCGGCCAGGAGAAACAAGGCCCGGCAGCUAAACCGGCCGCUAUGAAGGCACUACCAUCGGAGCACGUGACCAAGCUGGCGGAACCGCUCGAGCGUCGCCGCCGAGCCAAGGGAGUGGUUGUUGAGGACACUCAUCUGCCGGAAAACGUGCUAAAAGCGGUUGCAUCCAGCCGAGUUGCGGAGCUAGCUGUCGCGAAAUCAUACCGCAAUGUAGCCAACGAGUACCGGGACAAACCCUUCACGGUCGAACCGAACGCCCUUAAAGCGAAGGCAAGCGAUCGCAUCCUGGAGCUGGCAAAACCAAAGAAAGUGAAAAAGUGA